CGCCCGUCCGCGAACACCACGUGUUCUUUCUUUCAUCCCAAGUUUCUAGUGUAUAGAAGUGCCCUUGGGAAUGAUGUGAACGUUCAGAAACUAUAUGUGACUGUUUGUGUUGUGUAUAAACUUAGUGGACACUGUUGUGUAUAUCCGGGAGUGACAAUCGGUAGCUUAGUGAUGGCUGUGUGGCAGUGUAGGCUACUGCUAGGGAUAGUGCUCGUGCACCUCGCCCUCUCAUCCCCCUCAGUCCGGAGGGACGUUCUAUCCCUCACUCACGAGACAGACUCCGGGCCCAACCCUCUCUCCGAGCUGCAGCCGGAGUCGCUGAGUGAGGACGCGUUCGGGCCGACCCUGGAGAAGCGAGGAGGGCGGGAGAAACGCCUGCUGAAGACGCUGGGUAUAGGCGCGUUGGGGGUGAAGGCGGCUAAGGCCGUUGGAACGAAGGUGGUGGCCGCGGGGGCUAAGGCAGUGGGGGCUAAGGUGCUCAAGACCGGGGCGGCCGUUAAGGCAGCGACCCUCGGAGCCGUUGGGCUCAAGGCUAAAGCCAUCGGUGCUAAAGCCGUCACCGCCGUCGUUGCUCUCGGCAUCAAGGCGCUGAUCUUCAAGCUGCUCUUUGGGAAAAUCAAUCAGCUGAUUACCCACAAAGAAAGACUGCUUCAUCAGCUGGACGAGUACAACAGGGUGCAGAACGAGAAGUUUUCUAAACAGCUGUUCGGUGUGCCCCCCUGCAACCACCAGACCCCGGGCCCGGCCCCUUCUUACCCCACAGUGGGCCCAGCCCCUGCUCCCGCAGCCAACCCUGACACUGUAUACACUCUGCCUAACUUCGAGUCAGGAGGAGAGGCUACUUUCUCGCCUGAUCCUAUUCCUCAGGAUCAAGGUUACGUGUACAGACGGCGACGGUAGUCAUCGACUCCAUUCGUCAUCUCUUUCUCUACUUUUCUCUCUUCUGUAUAUAGUUACUAUUAAUUUAGCUUAGGCCUAAGUCAGUCACCGCUAUUCCCAAACAUGUCUUUAAUGUUAUGUCGUGUCAUGUCUUCAUUUGUACAUUUUUUUGUAAAUUAUGAAUAAAAAUCAAAAUCACUUGCCAUUA